AUGGCUCACCAAUUUGAGCCUCUUCAAAAUGACUUGAUUAUUAGGACAGCAUGGGGCCAGAAAGUCGAGAGACCUCCAAUGUGGGUGAUGCGUCAAGCGGGGCGAUAUCUACCGGAGUACCAUGAAGCCAAAGGAAAGCACGACUUCUUCGACUGCUGCCGCUCCCCCGAAAUUGCCUCGACCUUGACCCUCCAACCCAUUGAGCGCUUUGCCGGUCUCGUGGAUGCUGCAAUCAUCUUCUCGGAUAUCCUUGUCAUACCUCAAGCCAUGGGAAUGGCCGUCGAGAUGGUGGACAAGGUGGGCCCGCACUUUCCGAAUCCCCUCAAAGACCCUGAAGACGGCCAGUACGGCAAGGUCAUGAAUAAGAAAGUGGAUGUCGCCGGAGAAUUGGAUUAUGUAUACAAAGCCAUUACUCUGACGAGACACAAGCUUGAAGGGCGAGUCCCACUGUUCGGUUUCUGUGGUGCACCGUGGACCUUGCUCUGCUAUAUGGUUGAAGGCGGUGGAAGUAAGAUGUUCGCCAAAAUCAAGACCUGGAUCUACAAAUAUCCGAAGGCAAGCAAGGAUCUUCUACAAAAGAUCUCCGAAGUCUGUGUCGAGUAUCUUGCAUUGCAAGUUAAGGCUGGUGCUCAGCUAGUUCAAGUCUUUGAUUCGUGGGCUGGUGAGCUAUCGCCGUCGUCAUUCAAAGCGUUUUCCCUGCCAUACCUCGCAUACAUUUCGAAACAUCUUCCCAAACGAUUGAAGGAGAUGAACCUGGACCCCGUCCCAAUGGUUGUCUUUGCGAAAGGAGCCUGGUAUGCACUCGAUUCCUUGUGUGAUUUAGGGUACCAGGUUGUUGGUUUGGACUGGUUACAAGACCCAGCGGAAGCUGUCAAGAUCAGAGGCAACAGGCCAAUUGUUUUUCAGGGCAACGCAGAUCCUGGUGUAUUAUAUGGAUCGAGAGAAGCUAUAACGGUAGUCGUGGAAGACAUGGUGCAAGGCUUCGGUGGUGGAAAACAGGGCUGGAUCGCGAAUCUGGGCCAUGGAAUCACCCCCGGCGUGAAACCCGAUGACCUGAAGUUCUACUUUGAAGAGAUUCAUAGACUCGCGGGAAGCUAA